AUGACUGUAGAGACGUCAGGACAGGUCUCUGUCGCUCAGGCAAAGGACACAGACGCCGUCGACGAGCCCACAACCCCAACCGCUGCAUCCGCAACAACAUCAACAACAGCAGCAGCAGCAGGACCGGCAGCAGCAGUCGAGAGCCUAGCCCCUUCCGAAGCCAUGGUAGCGAUCGGAAAUGAUGUCCUCACGAACGGUCCCUCGUCAACGACGGUGCUCGAGCACUCUGGCAUGGUCACACCCUCGUCCUCGUCCGCCGCUUCCGUCACGGACGACACCGAAGAAGAUGCGGAAGCCGAAGGCGACGGCGAUAUCUUCCAGGACGCGAUGGAUGAUUUGCCGGCCACACGUAAGCUCCAUCAGCGACUGUCGCAGUACUCACCGCAGAUGAGACAGACAGAAGAAUGGGAGCAGAUCUUGCAGGACUGGGAGCGCGUGAUGGCCGAGAAGCGGAUCCAGGAUGCGAGGUUGAACCUGGUUGAGCAGGAAAACAGACGGAUGAAGGCCCAGUUGGUCGAGGCCGAGACCACCAAGACCGAGGUCGAGAAGGAGUGUGAGCAGAAGAUCGAGCAGCUGGAGAGGGUGAACAAAGAGCUGGUGAACAAAAGUAAAGAUCCAGCCAAGGAGCAGACCGCGCUCAAGAAUCAGCUGGAGGAAUCCGAGGCCGAGAAGGAGUUGUUCAAGUUGAUGUUGGAGGAGACCGAGGGUGAGAAGAAACGGGUCGAGAUGAAGCUGAUCCAGGUCGAGAAGGAGAAGGAGGCCUGGAAGAAGAAGUCCGAGAAGGUGAACACGAUCAAGAACCGGUUGAGGCUGAAGGCGGCCCAGUUCCAGUUGCUCUCGACCUCGACUUCGUCCCUUCUCGCCCAGGGGUUGGAUGGUGCUCGUCCGGAUAAGGAACGCAUACGGUUGAUGGACCAGGUCAACGUCCUCGAGUCUGACCGGUCGCGUCUGGCGGCCAUGGUCAAGGACACCAUGCACGCCACGGGCGACUCGAGCUCGGAUGCGGCCGUUGUCGAUGUAUCGACGCUCUCGAAGGAAGACCUCGUCAAGGAGAACCGGAAGCUGAACAACGAGCUCCAGAUGACCAAGGUUGAGAGCUCGCUGUACCAGCGCCGUAUCGAGGCCUUUGAAGUCACGCUGCAUGAUGUCCGUGUGGCACUGGCUAACUCGGAAGCUCAUGCUGAGAGUCUGGAGAUGAAGAAGUAUGACCUCCAGGACAAGCUGGCGGCUGCGGAGGGCAGUCUUGACCGCGCGAGGAUCGAGUCGAUAAAGUACCAGGGUCUCCAUAAGGAGAUGCUCGAGAAGAACGAAAAGCUGAGUCGGGAGAUGGACGUCAUCAAGGCACGAUUCGAGGCCAAGGACCGGGUGCUGGUGACGACGCAGAAGCAGCUGGCGUCUGCCAAGGCUGACGGCGGGCUGUUGAAGACGAUCCGGCGCGAGCUCGAGUCGGUGCUGUUUGAUUACAACACAGUCGUGCAGCAUUUUAUGGACAUUCAGGUGCAGGCGAUCGGGGCGAAAUCUCUGGCGAAUACGUUGAAGCGCAAGAACAACGAGCUCAACGCCCAGCUGACGCACUACCGGUCGAUGUUGUUGGGUAUCAAGUCAUUCAACAACAAUGAUCCGAUCAAGUCCCCGACGGUGACGACGCUGCGAUCCGAGUUCCGUGUGCUGUUGGAGAAAAUCCAGGAGGAGCACGAUGGUCAUGUCGAUAAGGAGAGGGCGGACAAGGCCAAGGCCCAGGACUGGAACCGGAAGCUGAGGAUGGAGAAGGAUUUUAUGAAGCUCGAGCUCCAGAACCAAAUCGAGAAGUGGAGACGGGUUUCGAUUUACUGGGAGGACAAGUGGCGCAAGACAGCGAACGAUCUUCACGAGGCCGUAACGAGCGGCGCGACGUCCGAUGUGCUGUACGAGAUUGCGUCGAGUAACCCGGGGUUGCUGCAGUCAUCAGUAGGUCCGUCGUCGACGGCGACUUCGCCAAGAACAAGCCAGACCUUGAAUGCGAGCGCUGCCCAUGCCAAGCGACGGUCGCUUGCGAUCUUGACUAAUGGCGGCGUGGGACUCCAUAGCGGUCCUGAGCAGCCGAUGACGCCCUCUGCGAUGAAGCAGCAGAUCAUGGAGAGCAAGAUGCGUUCAGGUUCAGGAUCUGGAGGAACAGGUUCGCUGUCGCGCCAGACCAGCAGCUCGUUCUUCCACUCGAGCUCGAACUUUGCUUCGUUGUCGCCUGGGCCGACCAACAGCAACAACAACAUCAACAGUAACGGACCCAUCACUGCGAUUUCAUCGCCUCCUCUUCCAGUGUCGAACCAGCCCUCAACCGCAACCUUGGCGGUCGGGGCGCUCACAGAGUCAUUCACGGAGUUGGUCUCGACCGUGAAACCGUUUCUGAGCCGGACAAUCUCGCAGACGGCCAGUGGAGUCGUGGGGGCCCCCAACGAACCCGUCGUCGAGAUUGGCGGCAGCAGCGACGUUGAGGACUCCGAUUGCAGCAGGAUUGCCGCCGAGUGUGCAGGGAGUCGGAGCAAUGGGGAACACAGCGGUUUCGAAGACGUCGCUGAGAUCGCGAUCGAUGGCGACAUCAGCCAUUGGGACGGCGAGGUCCCAGGCGUUGCAGAGCCCUGGAGCCGGAGCGGGGGUGACGGUGGCGAGUCGGGAGGCACAGACGAGGGCGAAUACGAGUAUCUCGACGGUGGCGAAAUCAGUGGAUCAGGCGCUGAGUGAGUCGGAUCGGUUGAAGGCCGAUGUCCGGAGGAUGCUGAAUCGAUAGUGGUGUGGAAAAGCAUGUAGCGCAGUGCAGCAUAGCACACGCCAUGGGUAUGUGUGCUUUGAUAAAAUAAUUUAAAUAAUAAUCAGGUUACUAGCGCCAUCAAUGAACACAUAAAAAUACCGUUUCAAGGAAUGGGAAGAAGUGUACAAAUGUCUGGCUGGCUGCAUGAGGGCAUACAUGUAUCUCCGAGGGUGGUCGUGUGGUGUGGAUGGGAUGGAUGGCGUUUUUUGUUUGUUUGUGU